CACCACCCCUGCUUUUAUUGCUCUUUACGAGGACAGAGACAUAUAUAUACAAAAUGCCGCUUCCAUUCGAGUCGCUCGUUCCGUUCGCCGUCAUGUCGGGAAUGAUUGUCGCGGGCAGUCUGGGAAUCCGCUACGCUCAGAACUCGCGCAAUGAGGGCAAGGCUAUCCGUUACAGCUUGGACGACUGGGACUACAAGAUGAUGGCUCGCGACAAGCAGCUCACUGGUACGCUGCGCGGACAGGUUGACAGCCCGAUUGCGCCCGCGCACUUCAAAGCCAGCAACAUGGGCAACAAAGGCAACAAGAAGUCUGCACAGCAGCUUGUUAAGGCACACAAGCUCCUGCAGGAGUUUGGCAUGGCCAAGACCAUCAAGGCGCUGAUCGCCGAGGCUGCGGCCCGUGGUGAUGAGCUCGAGGCCUUUGUCAAGGAGGUCAAGGUUGAGGAGGAGAGCAGCUCAGAUAGCGAUUCUUCGAGUUCGUCAUCGAGCAGCAGUGAUUCGGAUUCGGACUCGGACUCUUCGUCGUCGUCAUCUUCGUCGUCAUCGAGCAGCAGCUCCGAUUCGGACAGUGAUAGUGAUUCGGACUCGGACUCGGGCUCAUCUUCCAGCAGCAGCUCUGAUAGCGACUCGGGCAGUGGGUCUUCAUCAUCGAGCUCUGAUUCGGACAGCGGCAGCGAUUCGAGCUCGUCGUCUUCAUCCGGCAGUGAUUCGAGCUCCGAUUCUGACUCCGACAGCGACUCCAGCUCUAGCUCUAGCAGCGACUCUUCGUCAGACAGCGACUCUUCUUCAGACUCCUCCUCGGAUGAAGAGCCGCCAAAGAAGAAAAAGAAGCGCAGCCACUAGCUCUACAAAACACUACUUUGUCAAGAAAACUGAACUAAAAAUAUAACUUCUGAAACAUUC